AUGGCUUAUAACGUGUUUUUGGUGGCUUCCUUGGGGGCUCCUCGCAACCACCACGCCUUGUUUGUCGAGACGGACCCUGUCUCUAGAGGCGGCAUACUCCUUAAUGUAACGGGGAAUAUUCAGAAUGGAAUGCAGUUCGAGGAGAGAUCAACCAAUAAGCCCGAGGAGUCAGCCGGUUUUGUCGACCAGUCACCUCUCGGUUGGGUUGCCGCUGGGGACCUCGAUCGCAUGCGCAGUAUCUGCGAAAGAAACCCUCCACCGAAGAAGCAGUUCAACGGCCCAAAGCGACUUUACCCCAAGGAACGCCUGCGGCGCUGCCAAGAGUGGACGAACGAGACAAUUGACGCGUUGACCAACAACCGUGUGCUACAGUCAUUUGCCAUGGCAACGACAGAGACCCCUGCCGAGGAGGAAUACUAG